AUGCCUUCACAUGUUGCCCUUAUCAUUGCUAUCAUCUCUGUAAAAAAUAGUCGCCUUUGUUCAUAUAGUCUUGCGAAAUAUAAAAUUUCGAAUGAAAUCUCUCAAAUGAUUAUACAGAAAUAUUUUUUUCCUACGAAUAAACAACCUCAACG